AUGUUCAAAAGACAAUUCUCGACAAGCAUUCGUUAUCUACAACACUAUGAUGAGUCGCUAUUAUCGAGAUACUAUCCUGAAAGUCUGCUAAAGUCCAUAAAACUUGCUCAACAAACGAUACCACAAGAUACUAAGUUCAAAGUGUCUCGUAACGUGGAAUUUGCACCACCAUACUUGGACGACUUUACCAAGAUACAUCCCUUCUGGGAUUACAAACCGGGCAUGCCCCAUCUCCACGCUCAAGAAGAGGAUAAUAACUUCACCACCUUUAGAUGGGAUCAAGUACAGCAACCAUUACCGGGCGAAGGCAACAUUCUGCCUCCAGGAGUUAGUUUACCCAACGAUGGUGGUCGGAAAUCGAAAAGUGCUGACAUAGCUGCCGGGCUACACAAGCAAACAGGCGUGGAUCCGGAUUAUAUAACUAGAAAGUUAACUAUGAAACCGCUCGUGAUGAAAAGAGUGUCAAAUCAGACCGGUAAGGGUAAAAUAGCGUCUUUUUAUGCCCUGGUUGUAGUUGGUGACAAAAACGGUAUGGUAGGUCUAGGAGAGGGUAAAUCUCGUGAAGAAAUGUCCAAAGCUAUCUUCAAAGCCCAUUGGGAUGCAGUAAGGAACUUGAAGGAAAUACCAAGAUACGAAAACAGAACCAUUUAUGGUGAUAUAGAUUUUAGGUACCAUGGUGUGAAGCUACAUUUAAGAAGUGCAAAACCGGGGUUUGGGUUACGUGUAAAUCAUGUAAUUUUCGAGAUUUGUGAAUGUGCAGGUAUCAAAGAUUUAAGUGGGAAGGUAUACAAAUCCAGAAACGAUAUGAAUAUAGCCAAAGGUACCAUCGAGGCUUUCACGAAAGCUCAAAAGACAUUGGAUGAGGUUGCCCUGGGUAGAGGCAAAAAACUUGUCGAUGUCAGGAAAGUUUACUAUUCAAGCUGA